UACGUGAUUUUAUCGUGAUCAGGUACAUCGAACACGACAAUAUCCAUGCGAUUACCAUAGCAUUCGAAUGACACACGAAACCUACAUCCGAGUUCGUAAGAGAAAGUCUCCCUGGUAGAUUGUACAGCAGUGACGAAAAUGAGCACCAUCGCAGAGCAACCUUGUUAUACGUUGAUUAACAUUCCAACCGACACAGAGCCUUUAAACGAGCUCCAGUUGAAGCUGGAUCUAGAGAAGGGCGAUGCCCAGACAAAGAUUGAAGCCCUGAAGAAGACCAUCCACAUGAUCCUGAGUGAAGAACAUCUGCCGGGACUUCUGAUGACUAUCAUCAGGUUUGUCCUGCCACUGCAAGAUCACACAAUCAAAAAGCUUCUUUUAAUAUUUUGGGAGAUAGUGCCGAAAACUUCUCCAGAUGGCAAGCUUCUACAAGAGAUGAUUUUAGUUUGCGAUGCGUAUAGGAAGGACUUGCAGCAUCCUAAUGAAUUCGUCAGAGGCUCGACCCUCAGAUUCCUGUGUAAAUUGAAAGAGCCAGAACUUUUGGAACCGCUGAUGCCUGCAAUUAUUACUUGUUUGGAGCACAGACACUCCUAUGUCAGACGUAACGCUGUGCUGGCAAUUUUUACAAUUUAUAGGAACUUUGAGUUCCUCAUUCCUGAUGCUCCAGAAUUAAUAGCCAAAUAUUUAGAAGGAGAGCAGGACAUGUCUUGUAGGAGAAAUGCAUUUUUGAUGCUCUUACAUGCUGAUCAAAACAGAGCACUAGCUUAUCUAGCUGCUUGUUUGGACCAAGUGCCCAGCUUUGGUGAUAUAUUACAGCUGGUUAUUGUUGAACUAAUCUACAAGGUGUGUCUAGCAAAUCCAUCAGAAAGAGCACGUUUCAUUAGAUGCAUUUAUAGUUUAUUAAACUCUCCAAGUGCUGCUGUACGUUAUGAAGCAGCUGGUACCUUGGUAACACUGUCUAAUGCCCCCACAGCGAUUAAAGCUGCAGCCUCCUGUUAUAUUGAGCUAGUUGUCAAAGAAAGUGACAACAAUGUUAAACUGAUCGUGCUUGAUCGUUUAAUCGCGAUGAAAGAAAGUCCUGUUUACGAAAGAGUUCUUCAAGAUUUAGUUAUGGACGUACUUAGAGUUCUAGGUUCACCGGCAUUAGAAGUCAGAACUAAAACGUUAGCCCUGGCCAUGGACUUAGUAACCACACGUACCAUAGAGGAAAUGGUUCAGCUCCUAAAGAAAGAAGUAUUAAGAACUGUGGGCGGGGAACACGAAGAUGCUGGUAGAUACAGGCAACUUCUUGUGCGAACAUUGCAUGCCUGUUCAAUAAAAUUCUCAGACGUGGCAGCUACGCUGAUACCUGUAUUGACAGACUUCUUAUCAGAAAACAACGAAGCUGCUGCGACAGAUGUGCUAGUGUUCGUCCGUGAAGCUAUUCAAAGAUUCGAGAAUCUUAGACCGCUCAUAGUUCAAAAGCUACUUGAAGUAUUCCCACAUAUCAGAUCGGUAAAGGUACACAGAGCGGCUCUAUGGAUUUUGGGUGAAUAUGCUACAACGAAAGAAGACAUUGAAGCCUUCAUGAGUCGAAUACGAGCUGCCUUAGGAGAAUUACCAUUACUAGAGGCAGAGAACAGGCAUCAAGCUGGCGAGAAGACGGAAGAUGGAAAUACUCAAGCCACUCCAGCACAGUUGGUCACAUCGGAUGGAACUUACGCGACCCAGAGUGCAUUCAGCACUGCAUCUACUAGUACGUAUCUUUUAAAAUACUUCCGUGAAAUAAAUAAGUCGAUAUCAAUUUUCAAAUUAUUUUAUUCAGCUAAGGAGGAAGAGAAACGCCCGGCAUUGGUUCAGUACAUGAUGGAGGGUGACUUCUUUAUUGGUGCAUCAUUAGGUACGACCUUAGCCAAGUUGGCGCUUCGUUACAAGGGCCUCGAAAGUGAUGAACAAAAGCGCAAUCACAUGCAAGCCGAAUCUAUGUUAAUAAUGACCAGUGUGUUGCAAUUGGGUCGCUCCGGUUUACCCGCCAAGGCAAUGACUCACGAUGACGCUGAACGAUUGUUCCUGUGUCUAAGAUCUCUAGCUUGUCCAACACCGCUUGUACAGAAGGUAUUCAUCGAGGGUUGUCGAGAGGCCCUUGGACGAAUGCUGACAGCUAAAGCGGAGGAAGACUCGCAAACACAGAAGGCUAAAGAAAAGCCAGGUAGCAUCGUCCAAGUGGACGACGCCAUACAGUUCCUACAAUUGAGCCGUGGAUCGGAUUUGACGGGUGGAGCUGCAGACAUGUUCGAACAAAGUCUCAGCGCUGCCGUUGCAGGAAGACCCGGUUCCGGUGCAGACAUCCCAGCUCCCAGUGCUUUGAGCAAGGUCACCCAGUUAACUGGUUUUUCGGACCCAGUGUACGCAGAAGCUCUGGUUCACGUCAACCAAUACGACAUCGUGUUGGAUGUACUAAUUGUGAAUCAAACUGAGGACACGCUUCAGAAUUGCACUCUGGAGUUAGCAACGAUGGGUGACCUGAAACUCGUGGAGAGGCCGCAGCCCAUCGUGCUCGCACCGAGAGACUUUGCGAGCAUCAAGGCCAACGUGAAAGUAGCCUCCACAGAAAACGGAAUUAUAUUUGGCAAUAUAGUUUACGAUGUAUCCGGUGCUGGGUCCGACAGGAGUGUCGUAGUACUGAACGACAUACAUAUCGACAUUAUGGACUACAUAGUUCCAGCAACCUGUACCGACGCGGAGUUCCGGCAGAUGUGGGCAGAAUUCGAAUGGGAGAAUAAGGUGUCUGUAAAUACCACGUUAUCAGAUUUGAGGGAGUAUCUUGCCCAUUUACUGAAGUCCACGAAUAUGCGCUGUCUGACCCCGGAAAAGGCACUUUCCGGACAAUGUGGCUUCAUGGCUGCGAAUAUGUACGCGAAAUCGAUAUUCGGCGAGGAUGCAUUAGCGAAUAUGUCCAUUGAGAAACCAUUAAACAAACCGGAUGCCCCAGUGGUCGGCCAUAUUCGUAUCAGAGCAAAGAGUCAGGGGAUGGCGUUGUCGUUAGGGGAUAAAAUCAAUUCCACGCAAAAGGGCCCGCAGAGCAAGGUCGUACAAGCUGCUUAAAGCACGUAGUCUCUAAUCGAACUCACAUCGAUCUUCAGUAUUCGAAUUAUUACGAGAGACUCAAUUGGACUUUAUGGGUGUCGCAGAUGACGGCCAUUCCCAUUUGUCUUCGUCAAUUCCACAACUUCGAUUCUCUUCUUCAAUUAGAUGUUGAAGUAUGUUUUCUACAAAUGUACGCCCGUAUUUAUUUCAGCGCCAUUGUUGUUUGUUUGUUUCCUUUCUGUACCGUCAGUCGCCAGCACCGUCGAACGACGAUACACCUUAUGUAUCCACCAGCGAAGAAAUAUAUGUACAUACACGAUACUUUAACCUGUAAGUCCGGAUUUCGUUCGAUCGAAACUGAUUUAUUUGGUACAUAUUUUUUCGAAUAAUAUGUAUAAUAGAACUGUAAACAAUAUAAAAGUUAUUAAGAACAUAAUGUAAUUGAGUCGAAGUCCAGUAUUUAAUACGUACGCAUUAAGCAAAUGAACAUAAGCCAAAAAUAUUUUGGGACUGUUUUUUACUAUUUUUACUAAUCUGUUUAUACUGUAAAAUAUUUUGUUUAAAAUAAAACAAUCAUAAUUAUGUCCUAUGCCUUA